UUCCGGGUGUAGCAGCAUGGCGGCGCCCUUGAUGCCAUGCCUCCUUAGGCACAAUACCGGGUUAUCGCAGCAGCUCUGGCUACCUGCUGUGAAAGGCACUUGGCUCACCCAGUGAAGGUGGGUACAGCAGUGCAGACCCCACGUUUUGCUUUCUUCCAAGAAACAGCUCGUGACGUCAUAUCAGCGCGCCUUCUACAGGUCGCAUUGAGGUUGUUUUUGUAGAGGAGGAAGACAGAAAGCAUUAUUAUCCUUUAUUCAACUGCUGCAUAUCGCGAGUAACGAUUGUUGUGCACUGAUGGCUGCAUACGAGGGCAGCUUUGAAAGCGUCAGGAACAUUGAAGAGAAGAGAGAAAGAACAAAGAAAGCACGAGAACAGCUGCUGAGCAAGGCUAAAGAUGAAUUUGAGAAGGCAGAGCAAAGGAAAGAGCAGAGACGUCUAAGAGGGGAGGACACAUGGAUGCUCAAUGAUGUCAAUGAACGUUUAGAAGAAUUGAACCAGAAUUCGGAAAAGAAAAAGAAAAAAGACAAAACCCAUAAAAAGGCAAAGAAAGAAAAAAAGAAAAAACACAAGAAAGAAAAAUCAGAAAAUAACGCAAGCUCCAGCGAUAAUUCCCAGGACUCUGAGGAUGAAUGGGUCGAGGCAAACUCUUGCCCGUCAGCUAGCACAGACAAGGCUUGGAAAAUCAAGAAUGAAGAUGCCACAAGAGAGAUUGAUUCUGCUAAGAGGGACGAGUGGAUGACCUUAGACUUUAUGUCUUUGAAGGCGACAUCGACUGCUGCCUUAAGAGCGGAGAAACAGAAAGAAAAAACACUGGAGCAUGAAAGAGUUGAAGCCAUAACAAAGGAAAAAUGGCUAACGAGGGAAUUAAACCCUUUCUGGAAGGACGGUGGUCAGGGACUUCCACCAGAAGAGGGCGAUGUGGCCUUAGUAAAAAAAGCUGUUCAUGUUGAAGACGGAGGCUUAAGUUGGUUAAGGAAAUCGUAUCAAAGAAUGAAGGAACAGGCUGAACGACAAAACAGAAACUUCGAAGAUAUUGUAGCUGAAAGAUAUGGGUCUGUGGAGAUCUUCCAAAAUAAAAUGGAUGCUGCUGAAAAAACUGCAACGCAGAAUUCAUCUGAAGACUAUGGCAGUAGGAGAGACAGGUGGAGAAAGUAUCCUGAAACGGAAUCCCGAAAAUUUGUAAGACCGGAUGAUGAUAGAAAAGAAGAUCGUCAUACCACUUCCCAGAGGCAUGAUAAAUAUACUCACAGAGAACGUAGAGAACACCAUGCAGACAAGCCAAAAUGGGAAAGACGAGAAUCUGAUAAAACCAGCAGUGAACUGGAACGUGGACGAUACACAGAUAGCCCCGUGGGAGAAUAUGCUUAUACGAAAAAAGAUAGGAAUCCUUUAAAACACAAGUUCUUAAAACCCCCAGAAGAUGAUGACAAAAAAAUCCAUCGGUCUCUUGUAGCACCACCAACCUCUUCUAGAAGCGCUUUCCUAAAACCUGAUGAACCUGACCCAUCUUGGCAGAGAACAUCAUCCAAAGGACUUGGUGAUGAAAAGCACCAAUUCCAAAUUGAAGACAGUCAUGUCAAGGAAAGGCGAGCUGUAGAAGAAAUGGGCAGUGAGUGUAUAGGUGCAAAAGAUUCUCUCUCAUCUGUAGACGAGCCACUGCCAAGCCCAGAUACUAAACCUCCCAUCCAGAUUCUCAGUGAAGAAGAAAUGAACAAACUGGGAGCCAAAAUUGUGAAGGCUGAACUAUUGGGAAAUAUGGAGUUGGCAGCAAAACUUCGUGCCCAGCUGGAAGAUGCACGUCAGGCGAAGUACCAACAUCAAGUCUCCUGCUCAGCUCCAAGCAUGAAAUCAAGUGCAAAGGAGUCCGAAGCAAAGGAAGACAGUGAUAUCCUCCUUAUUAAGACAGAUCAGUCAGGACGCUCGUGGCCAGUAAAUGCUCCGGCAAAUCCAAUGGAACCCAAGGGAGGAAGGAAAAAGAGACAGAUGGUUACUACACAUGUUGAUAAGGAGAGGGUUCGGUAUUUCCAUGAUGAUGACAACCAGAGCCUCCAAGAUUUGGUCAAGAGAGAAAAGAUGGGAACAGCUGAAGACCAGAAUAAGCUGUUUAUGCGAAUGUCUUCCAAGUUUAUGGAGAAAACAGACCAAGAAUACUACACUUUGGACGACAUGUUUGUCUCUAAAGCGGCAAAGAAGGGUCGUGAAAAUGCAGAAGACGAAAGAGAGCGGCAACAGGCCAUAGCGGAGCAUCGCAGACUUGCUGCCAGGAUGGAGAAGUGUCCGUAUUGCUUUGAUAAUGCUGAGCUACCAAAACAUCUUAUAAUUGCCAUCGGUGUAAAGGUAUACUUGUGCCUCCCUAAUCAUCUAUCACUUACUGAAGGACAUUGCCUGAUUGUACCUUGCCAGCACUACACUGCUUCGACUUUACUGGACGAAGACAUAUGGAGUGAAAUUCAGCUGUUCCGCAAAGCCUUAGUCAAGAUGUUUCAGUCUAGAGAUUUAGACUGUGUCUUCUUUGAAGCAAAUAUAAAUAUGAAAAAACGACUACAUUUGGUGUAUGAAUGCAUCCCUCUUCCUAGAGAAGUGGGUGAUAUGGCACCUUUAUAUUUUAAGAAAGCUAUCUUGGAGUGUGACGAGGAAUGGGCCAUGAAUAAGAAGCUCGUAGAUCUUUCUUUAAAAGAUAUUCGAAGAGCGGUGCCGAAAGGUUUGCCGUAUUUUUCAGUGGACUUUGGUCUUCAAGGUGGAUUUGCUCACGUUAUUGAGAAUGAACAGAAAUUCCCACAUUACUUUGGCAAGGAAAUUAUAGGAGGAAUGCUGGAUCUGGAACCCAGAAUUUGGAGAAAAGGUGUCCGGGAAAAUUUUGAUGAUCAGAGGAAGAAAGUUUUACAGUUUGCUCAGUGGUGGAAACCCUUUGAUUUUAAUAAAACUAAAGAUUGAUAGUAUUAUACCGAGCAUGUGCCAUUCAUGGUAAUGUCACCAAAGACUGGUACUGAAGCUAAUGAAAGAAUAUUGGUGAAGCCCAUAUGUAAAGAACAAUGCUCUAGACGAAUGAUGGAGAUCUUUGGCAGCCCAGCUGACUGGUUUAGCAUCAUGGAAAAUUUGGUGCAAGAAAAUCAUGGGACAAUGCUUUUCCGUUACCACACUAGACAGUUCUUCCUUUAUUAUUUUUGAGGGAAUAUAUUAUGCAAUAUAUAUUUCUGUGUUCUUUUUGUAUUAACUUUUAUUGCUUUCUAAUUUGGCUGCAGUUUUAGAUAAUUUUAUACAGUAGAAAUGUUUGUGAAUUUGUACUGUUUAAGGAUCCAGUGUUGCUUUUUAGUAUUUUGUGCAAUAUGCAUUCAACUUGGAAAUCAAAGAGUGAUUAUGUAUAUUAAGAAUGAUUUCAAACAUACACUGUAAAUGGGAUGCUGAAUUGCAAUUUAUAACAGAUGCAACCGGUGAAAAGAGAACCAAUUAAAGGUACUCUAUGUUCUUCAAAUGAUGUGGAUAUUAAACAAAAGAUUAAAUAGGCUUAUUACAAUAAAGCCCUUCCAAUUAAACAAUAAAACACAUACAAACUAAGUAAAUAACCCAGAUUCAUUAAAAGAACUCCGUAGCUGAUCUUAUUUAUUGUGAACACAGGUAUAUAUGUCAAACAACACAUAUCUAAAAUACUCACCUUAAAGGAUCACUAUAGGGUCAGGAACACACACAUGUAUUCCUGACCCUAUAGUGCUAAACCCACCAUAUAGGUGGCUUGCCCCCCCUAUAGCCCCACUAUAAAAGUUUAA